AUGUCGUCAGUAAGAACAACAACGAGAAGUGGAACGAAACGAAAAAGAGCUACAGAUGAUAAAUUGGUUAAAAAAGUUAAACCAGAUGAUAGAAAGAUAAAAGAUUUUUUUCUAACAAAUGGUACAAUAGUAGCAGCAACAGCAAAACGUGUUAGACAAGAAGAAAAUGAGUCUGACAAUCGAAUACCAUUAUUUUCGGAUCAGUGUCCAGUUCAUAUAGGAUGUUCGGGUUAUUCUUACAGAGGUUGGCAUUCGAAUAAUUACUAUCCGCCAAAACAUGGGGCAAAGAAGGAAUUUCAAUAUUAUUCAAAGGAAUUUGAUAGUGUUGAAAUAAACAGUACAUUUUACAAUAUACCAGCCGAUAGUGUAUUUGUUGAUUGGUCAAAACGUGUACCAAGACCAUCAUUUCGUUAUAUAAUUAAAGUCAAUAAAUAUUUCACUCACAUGAAACUAUUGAAUCAAGAUGAUGAAUUUAUAUCACGGUGGAAUGAUUUUUAUCGAAAAUGUCAAUUAUUAGGUUCUUCUCUUGGUCCAAUAUUAUUUCAAUUACCACCACGCUUUAAAUAUACAAACGCAACGUUAGCACAACUGAAUCGGUUGGAGACUGUAUUGCCGAAAACAGCUCAAUUUGUAUUCGAAUUUCGAAAUACAAGUUGGUUUACUGACGAAGUUUAUCAAGUAUUAAGAAAGAAUAAUUGGUGUUUAUGUGUGGUUGAUUGUUACGGUGGUUGGUGCGGUGAUUUGGCUAAUGGUAUGACACCACGAGAUCCAGAUGUGCAUUUAACAUGUGACUGGGCGCUUUAUUAUCGUUUUCAUGGUAAAACUGGACAAUAUAUGGGCUCAUAUGGGAAAAAUAGCAUGAAAAAUUAUGCUCAAAUAGCUACAAAACAUCUUGAUACACACCCAAAUUUACAAUUAUACUUUUAUUUUAAUAAUACUGAUAAUGAACAUCCACCAUCAGCGAUAAAAGAUUCACGUCAUUUAGCUGAUGCAUUUAAAGAAUUAGAUAUAAUAGCAACAGAUUAA